AUGUCUGACGAGCUCGAAGAUCUCCGCAGAGCAAAUAAAUCUCUCCUGGAUCGUUUAAAAAUGAAACGGGAAGAGUUUAUGAAAGUGCGUCUCGGUGGAGGGCAGUCUGCGCGCGGCUCGGUGUCCCAGACCGAUACUAACGGAGCGUUAAAUAAGAAUGGGGUCCGCGUUGGAAGAGGUCCGACCAGAGAUAGGGACUCCAUGGCUCCGGCCGCUCGGGGGUCCCUCAUCGCUCCAAGGAGAGCCGUGCAGAUCUGCGAAGCUCCCGCAUCCUCUCAACGAGCAAAAGACGUGCGGAGUCCGCGUCACAAGAGGUCGGAGGACGAGCCGGAACGCGCCGUUAAAAUCCAGACUCCGGUGAAACGUCUCUCCUUCCGGAGCAGCUCGGCCCUCCCUACCAGCGACGCUGGGGAGAUGUGCCAGUCUCCACCACAACAGUAUGUACAUCGACUCAACGACGAAGGAAACAUCCGGACCCCAAAAUCUAUCCUCGUCACCCCAAGGAACAGAGAUUCAAAGAGAGAUAACGGCAGUACCACGGCCGGCCACCAGGGGGCAUGGGCAUCCCGGCCGCUGCUAGGCUAUGAUUGGAUAGCUGGGGUCCUGGAGUUAAACUCCCCGAUCGCCGACAGACCCGACCACUUCUUCUCGGAAAUCGGCGAAUUCCGACGCGUCAACCGAGCCGAAUGCGUGCAGGAAUGCUACCCGGGAUCAGACGAUGGAGAUUCUUCGGGGUCUGACGAGGGGCCGAGUCUCUCGCUUGACACCCAUCAGUGUAUCUACUGCUAUCGCGUUAACAAUCGCUUGUUUGCGUCGCCCGUCGGUCCGGAGUCCGCCUGCCCCGUCUGUAAGAAGCGCCGGUCCAAGCGGCACCUGGCAGAAGAGCCGCCGGCAUACGUCCGAGUCAGCAUCCCCCGAUCCACUCUUCUGCCGCCUUACAAAUACAAAGCGCACAGGAGGAAGAGCUUCGACCCCACGGACAGCCUCGCCUUGCCUUCCCACUGUUUAGCUGGAUGGGAAAACUCGGUUCCUUCCGGUGAGCUCCGUGUAACCAGUCUGGACCUCCGCUCUUCCACGGACCCCGAUGUCGCGCCAGCGCCGGUGCCGAUGGAUCACGCCAGCCUGGAUAAUAUUUCUUAUUACGCAUCGAGGGCGAGAUCGGAAAAUCUGCUCAAUAUGUCCCGUUCUGCCUUUUUUCAGCGCAGUAAAGCGAAAUUUCCGGGCAACGUUUGACGCUUUCCGGCGGCUCGAGCCUCGCGUUCCGCGUUCUGGUCUGGAGCUCGACAAGCGGGAUUUCACUAAUAUAAA